AUGGCUGUGGAGUAUAGUCGAUUCAUGGCUGACUAUCUCGCGAUGGGCCACAUGCGCCCGCUCACCAGCGCUAAGCUUGCAGCUACAGCUGGGCCCGUCAACUACAUCCAUCAUCAUGGCAUCUGGCAGCAUGCUGAUCGCGGGCGCAAGCUCCGAGUAGUCUUCAACGCGUCCAACCCGACUUCCAGUGGCCACAGUUUGAAUGACGUCCUCCACGCUGGACCCAGACUCCAAGCCACGCUCCCAUCGGUGCUCAUGCGCUGGCAGCGGCACCGCAUCGCCUUCUGCGGCGACAUCCGCAUGAUGUUCCGGCAGAUUUGGAUCGACUACCGUGACGUCGACCUGCAGCGGAUCGUCUUGGCUGCCGAUCCCAGCCAGCCUCCAACCCACUACCAGCUGCUCACUGUGACUUACGGCGAAUCGUGCUCGCCUUACCUGUCGCUGCGUACCCUCCAACAGCUAUGCCAGGACGAAGGCCACAACUGGCCCGAAGCUGUGUCAGCCGUCCUGUGUGACCGCUACGCUGACGACUUUCUCUCCGGGGCCGACGACGUCACCGCGGCUCGGCGCCUCCGCGACCAGCUGAGCGGGCUUAUGAAGGCCGGUGGCUUUCCCCUGCGGAAGUGGGUGGCCAAUGUCCUUGAGCUGCUCGACGAUCUGCCUGACGACGUCCGCUUACGUCCGACCUGGGAGCAGCUCAGCGCUGAAGGCCUCGUCAGCGAGCUCGGGGUCAAGUGGAAUCCACCGUCGGACUGCUUUCAGUUGACGCCUCCACCACUCCAGCCGCAGAGCACAAAGCGGACGAUGCUCGCGGGGCUCGCGGGUCUGUUCGACCCAUGCGGCUGGCUCGCGCCGAUCGUGUUGAAUGCCAAGCUCUUGCUCCAGGAUCUCUGGCGCGCCAGACUGGUCUGGGACGAGCCUGCGCCGAUCUCAAUGACUCGCCGAUGGGCGGAAUUUACCGCCGAGCUCUAG